AUGGGCCGCCAAAAGCUCGCCACCGCGCUGCUCGCGCCGCUCGCCUGCGCGCUCGUCGCGCCGCCGCCCGCGAAACACCCGCGCGCCGCCCGGCGGCUCGCCGCCGGCGCCUUCGCGUCGCCGGAGCGGCUCUACCCCAACUCGUAUGUCAUGCCCACGGGCCAGCGCUACGCGACGGCGCAGACGCGCGCCCAGUGGCUCGCGGACUGGCGCGCCAUCACCGAGUGCCUCGCGCGCUUCCCGACGGCCACGCCGCAGAAUUUGGACCGCACGCAGCUGGCCGUGAGCCUCAACGCGGCCUGCACCGACGAGCUCGCGUUUAUGACGGGCGGCGCGCGACGGCGGCCGUCGCCCUUCGCCAUCACGCUCGUCGACGCCCUCUUCGUCGCCGCCUACUGCGACGCGCCCAGGUACGCGCGGCUCCGCGAGUACGCGCUCGCGCAGUACGUGCCGCUCCGCAUGGGCGACGUCUGCGAGCGCGUCGGUAGCCCGCGCGUCGCCGAGGUCGCGCGCACCGGCGGCGCCUGCUUCGACCAGAACCUCUUCGACCCGGCGACGCCGGAGUACGAGGCCAUGGUCAAGUGCCACAACGUCGAGAUGCGCCUCGCUUUGCUCGCCCUGCUCGCGACGUCGAGCGCGUUGCGCUGGCCCGGCGCCGCGCCGAAGGGCGCCGUGCGCGGCGGCGCCGAGGACACCAAAGACGCCGACCUCUUCGAGGAGGAAGCGGCGCCGGAGCUGAGCGAGGAGGAGCAGGCGACGAAGCGCUACGCCGACGCCGUCGCCGCGGCCAAGGCCCAGGGCGGCGCCUGCGCGGCGCUCGACGCCUUCGAGGCCGAGUCGCUGAAACCCGACCGCAACGAGAGCCUGCUCGCCGUGCACUGGAUGGACGUCGCGCUCGGCAAGGAGGUCUUCGCGGCGUCGGAGCGGAAGAUCGCGGCGCUCAAGGCGGCGCUCGCCGACGAGGCCUUCGCGGCCAAGGCCUUCGCGUCGCUCACGGCGCGCGAGAGCAAGGUCCUCGAGAUGAUCAAGGACGAGGCGACGCUCGAGGCCAUGCGCACGGAGAUGCUCGAGAAGCUCGUGGAAGCGGACGGCAACGCCUACGCGCAGGCCGCGCUCUGCAAGCAGCUCACGCCCGCGGUGGAGACCAUGCUCGGCGCGCCGCUCGAGCAGCCCGCGUCGGCCUAG